AAGGACGAUUUCAAGUUACAGCGUUUCACUGCUGCAUCACCGGCCUAUUUUGAACCAUACUAUGGCAUCCAUAAUGAUGGCGAUAUUACAAAACCGCAAAAUAUUACAUCAUUCGAAGAAGUUGUGAAGCGUGGCACCAAUAAUGUUGGUGUAGAUUUGAUUAUGGCUGAUGGUGGAUUCUCUGUCGAGCAACAAGAAAAUAUCCAGGAAAUACUUUCGAAACGCUUAUAUUUAUGUCAGUUUUUGGUUGCCCUUUCGGUUCUACGUAAAAAAACGCAUGGCGCUGAAGAGGGCGGGAAAUUCGUAUGCAAGCUGUUUGACAUCUUUACACCAUUCAGUGUUGGCCUUAUUUAUCUAAUGUAUAUUGUUUUCGAGCGGAUAUCCAUACACAAACCGAAUACAAGUCGUCCAGCUAAUUCAGAAAGGUUGUGCCAUCGUUUUUUCUCUUAA